AUGCUACCCGCUUCUCAAUCUACAACGCCAGGAAAUACGGUUGAUGAUUGUACCAUAUGUCUAAGUGCUCUUGCACCAGGCACUCCUCUCUUGACUUUGUCCUGCAGUCACAAAUUUCAUUUCCAGUGUCUAGCAUCAAACAUCAAAGCAAAAAAUAAAGAAUGUCCUUUGUGUCGAGCCACAAUUGAGGAUUCUGUCGUUCAAUUACUAGCAGGUCCUAUCCAGUCGUCACAACAACAACAACAACAACAAACAAUUCCAGUUCCACCUCAUGUAGUUAAUGUUGUUCCUUCAGUCGAAGAUCUCAUUGAUGAGGUUGCUGUACGAGAACUUUGUGAUCGUCUUGCUUCUGCUCGUCAGGCAGCAGUUGCUUCUCUCAAUGAUCCUGACAAUCUCCCAUUGAUAACUGCUUCAACAACAUUAGAAUAUGGAGCUCAACUUGCGCAUGAAGAAUCAAAUAUUUAUGGUCUUGUCACUCUUCAAGCACCAGCUGUUCUCUUAUCAGCAGAGACCGGAUCGUUGUUAUCGUCUCAUGUUCCAAUUGAUCUUGUUUGUGUUGUUGAUCAAAGUUCAUCGAUGUCGGGUGAGAAAAUAGCAUUAUUGAAACAAACUCUGGUCUACAUUGUCGAACAAAUGAAUGAACUCGAUCGACUAGCUAUUAUUUCAUUCAACACUGAAGCCUUUGAUCGUUCACACGGUCUCAAACGGAUGAAUCAACAAAAGUGA